CAAUUCUGCUCAUGUGAUUUCCCAAGGCCAUGUACCAGAGGCUCCUUUCAGCUGCUCCUUCAGAAGCCGCCUUCCACACUCAAGAAUCUCCCUCGAGUCGCUUGGCUGCAGCUGUUGGAGACUAGACUUGUCCAAUGUUUUCUCAAGGAGUGAAAUUGCAGCCAAGACCCUGGGAGCUCGGUUAGAAAAGGAAGCAAAGAAUGACUCUGCCUACUCACCUUUUGCCCAUGAUUGCAUCGAUCUGAACACCUUCUCUUACUAGGGUCCUGGCUAGAGUGUACCCGGACGAAAGGCCAUGCAUGAGUGAGCUCCAGACGUCAAUGUUGAACUCCGCACGCGUGUUGCCCACUACUGCAAUGACUACAGGUUCGCCCAGGCGGAACUGUGCUAACCAGUACAACAGCCUCAACCGCGUGCGGAUCAGCGACGGGAUAUUUUCGCUGGGACAUGGAGACCAAUCCAGCGAUGGCGGCACAUUCUUAUCCCAAGCGGCCAAUUGACUCUUAAGUUCGACUGCGACCGGAGACAGCGCCACAUUACCUGGCCAUUGACUUGACACUGGCGACGCUUUGAAUUCAGAGCACAUGCCGUCAAUUCUUGCUAGGAUACUUCUCAACGAUGUGUCGGCAAGGAAGAACAGAUACUUGAUUCGACGCGUCUUUUCCAGAUGGCUCAGUGAUGCCUCAUCACAUCCGAGCGGAAGAGGCAUCUGGUCUUCCAGCUCUGAAAGACGACUGCUGGGAAGCACGUCGAUUUCGGAGGUCAAAUCUCUGAGCAAAGGUCAGCAGGUAGGUGGGCAUUGGCCCUUGUUUGAGCCUCACCUCUCCAAGUUGUGACAGAUCCAGUACGUCCGCAGAAUAGUAUUCUUCUCUACAUCGGUCUUGUAAAGGUUUCUUGUUUCUUCCCUACUCCCGUCAGUUAAAAUCAAGGCCGAGUACGAUUCCACCCACCAUUUGAUGACAGUAUACAGGGUAGUGCAACCUGCAUGAAGCCAGUGCCACGCUUCGAGCAGCCGAUGUCUCUUGAGCAGAAAAAGAGAACAUAAAACUUGGGUGUGCGCAUAAUCAAGGGUCAACUGAACAGGGAGGGAGCUUAAUCGAUGCACAGUUUCAGAGAACACGCUGGACUCAUCAGGAUCGACCGAUGACGAAGAAUAGGCUUUCGCCAGCAGCAUCACAAAGGACACCAUGCAAGAAUACAGGUCGUUCUUGAAACCUGUCGCCACAACUGUCGAAGCCGCUUCCCAAAGGUAUACGUCGCAGAUCAUCGGGAAAAGCGGACACACCAAUUCCAAAUAAAGCUCCAUUAACGGAAGGAUGUCAGCGGUAUCAUGGAGAUCGAAACGCUCAAAAGGGGUCGAUGUGGCGUUGUUCCCUUCUGAUUCUGGUCCUGCUGGCGACGCAUCUCGGCUUUCGUGGGUGUACGGGCUUUCGUGAAUGUUUUGGGAUACGACUUGGUCCGAACGGAAGAUGUUGUGAUGUCCCAAGACAUCUGUGAUCGGUAUGGGUGAGGUAUCAAUGGGAUUCGAAGGUAGGCCGCUGGAAGAUGGAGUCAGGUAAAGUUCUUGAUGGUUUCCAUUUUCAUCGCCGGUUGUUGGGACAGUGUCGGAUUCUUGGAUGCUCUGCUCUGGCGAACGAAGCGGCUGGGAUUCGCUCGAAAGCCCCUCUAGCUUUUCUUCGAGAGCGGCAAUCCUUUCCAGCAGAAAGGCGGUCGACGGAACAGAUCUGACCACCAUCAGCUGAUACGGAAUAUCGUCUAGAGAAAGUUUCUCACGCUGGAGUAGUCCAUGUCUGGUAGGUACAUUCGGCACCGUAUUUCUGACAAUAUGUGCAUAUUGGUCGGCCUUCGCAUUUCAACUUCUUGAUGCGACACCUUUGACAUGCCUAGUAGCGAUCACGUUUGCGUGGAGCUCGACGCUUGCGACUUACGGUGCGCAAAGAUUCAGCGUGAUGGCGGAAUGCAGUCUCAACGUUAGGAUCCGGAGGAUCGCGCGGCAGCAGUAUGGCAUGCUGUCUGAGGCUGCUGUUCGAGUUGGUCUCGGGUUCGUACGCCGGCAUGACUUGAAAAAGGUCUCUUUGCCGGAACGACAAAAUUAACACCGAAAGCGACCGCUUUUCAGCCUUGUCUCAUGGGCAGACCAAACAGAUGGCGUCAACGGUGGAACUAAAGGUGUGCUGCAAAAAGUGGAGACACGGCAUUCACAGUCGCCGCCGCCAGCAGGGGAAAGAUACCCUUUGUCGCCAAUGAAAGCACAAUCCGAAUCUCCGUGAACGGCAAAUGCUUAUCGUACCCGAGUUCAACAUCAGGAGGACGCCAGCACGUGGCGGCUUUGGUGAUCGCCCGAAUGGCCGCGGAAUGGACCUGGCCAGAAGAACGUUCCCGAUCCGGAAGUCGACAGACUGCAAGUCUCAAACAGUGCGGAAUUAAUAUACACACUCCUUCUCGACGGACUAAUCUUUGAUUUCUGCUUUGAUCCAGCACUGGUGGCACUUUUCUUCGAAUAUCCUGGGACUGAGACCAAAAAUGCCUGCGCAACAACCCUUAGAUGUUGCUAUCAUCGGGGCCGGCCCAGCAGGAUUGGCGGCAGCGAUUGAGUUUGCGAAACUUCCAUAUGUACGGUGGAGGCUAUAUGAACAAGCGACUGCAAUACGAGAGAUUGGAGCUGGCAUUAGCAUUCAACGAAACACCUGGCGUAUACUGGACGUUCUUGGAGCAUCAAAGAAUUUUGAUCCUAAAGACUACUUUCGUGCCCCGGAUCACCAUUCGGUCCAGCAUCGAAAUGGCAGGACAGGAGAGCUUUUGGUGUCGCAUAAUCAGCUAGAUACACCUCCGCAGCAUUUACAUGCUAGAACCCGGCGGUCUGUGCUACAGAAUGCGCUCCUGAAGGAGGUUGAUCUCAGCCACGUGCGGCUCAAGUCUCGUCUUGUCAAAAUCGAGCGGCAGGCCAACGGGAGACUGCGGCUGAUGUUUGAGGACGGCUUUGAGGAUGAAGUCGACCUUGUCGUGGGAGCAGAUGGUGUCCGAUCUGUUGUGCGAUCGUUUGCAUUUCCUCAACACAAGAUCACUUAUACCGGAAGAAAGGCUUUCCGAUCGCUCGUGAGCUACGAAAAAAUGGCAACCAUUCCAAAUGUACCGAAUGCGGUCACAUUCUGGCAAGGCCCUCACUCCUGGCUCUAUACUUGUCCACUAGGAAGCAACACAUAUGAGAUUACUACCAUGGUUACCGAGCCUGAUCCUCGAGAAAGUCAAGUCAGCUGGGGCCAGGAUGCAACCGUCGAUCAAGUGACGCCUUACUUUGAAGACUUUGCACAAAUCGUGAAAGAUAUAAUCACGUUGACUCCCGAAGUUCGACAAUAUGCACUGUUUGCCGGGCCUCGCUUGAAUACAGUUGUUGCUCAAGGCUCGGUAGCCCUUGUUGGUGACGCUUCGCAUCCCCUUUCUGGUGCUUUUGGUGCCGGAGCAGGCUUUGCUCUCGAGGAUGUUUUUGUGCUUACACGGGCAAUUGACUGGGCUCAUGCUCGGGGGCUGGCGCUUGCAGAUGCCCUCAAGCUCUUCGACGAAGUCCGAUCGCCUCAUUAUCGCUCACUGUAUGAUAUCUUGGAAAAGUUUGCAAAAACUGAAGCAAGUUUGCGCGACAUGAACCCUCCGCCGACUUUUGAUGAAGCUGUUCGUGUCAUUGUCGACAAUAACUGGGGAUACGAUCAUAGCUGGAUGUACCAUUAUGAUGUGCAGAAAGUUUGGCAGGAGGCCGUCCAGGCCGAAGACAGGAGAAGGGCAAACGGGGGUACGGUACAAUCGGCACGAUUAUGAGGGACACAAAUUGGUUAUCAUGCUGAAAGAGCUCGAGUUGUGUUUGAGCUUCAACGCCAUCGGAUGGCAACAGAGGACAACACUGUCGACAUUUCUUUAGAAAUAUAGAUUUUGGUUUUCAGCUUUCCAUCGGCCAUAGCUUCUAAUUGGGAAGCUUUCUUGUUUGAACGAACCCGAUAAUAGUAAUAAGACAGGAAAUGUAAGAAG